UUGACUCCUCCCCCUACCUCUCACCUCCCCCACCUCGCCGUCGCCGGCCGCCGCCGCCUCCCACCUCACCUCCUCUUCGCCCUCUCCCCUCCCACCCCACCACCACUCCGGCGAGCCAUCGCGGCCCUCCGCCAAAAACCCUAGGGCAACAGCGAUCGCCGGUGCGCGGGGGCGGCGGAGUCGGAGUCGGAGUCGGGGGCCAUGGCCAUGGACGGCGGCGCGGCGGCGGUGCUGCGCGAGGCCCACCGCCUGACGGGGCACACCGACCGCGUGUGGUCCCUCGCGUGGAACCCUUCCCCCGGCGCCGGCGCCGGCCCCGUCCUCGCCUCCUGCGGCGGCGACAAGGCCGUCCGGAUCUGGAAGCGCGCCGCCGACGGCGCAUGGCAGUGCUCGGAUGUGCUGGAGGACACGCACAACCGCACGGUGAGGUCGUGCGCAUGGUCCCCCGACGGGAAGCUGCUGGCCACCGCGAGCUUCGACUCCACCACCGCGAUAUGGGAGUACUCCGGCGGCGACUUCGAGUGCGUCGCCACCUUGGAGGGCCAUGAGAAUGAGGUGAAGAGCGUGUCGUGGAGCGCGUCCGGGUCGCUGCUCGCGACGUGCAGCCGGGACAAGUCGGUGUGGAUAUGGGAGAUGCAGCCAGGAAACGAAUACGAGUGUGUCUCGGUGCAGCAAGGCCACACACAAGACGUGAAGAUGGUGCAGUGGCACCCUAUCCUUGAUGUCCUGGUUUCUGUCAGCUACGACAAUUCAAUCAGAGUCUGGGCUGAUGACGGUGAUGAUGAGUGGCACUGUGUACAGACAUUAACUGAAGCUAAUAACUGUGGUCACUCGUCAACAGUAUGGGCAUUAUCUUUUAACCAGAAAGGUGAUAGGAUGGUCACAUGCAGUGAUGACCAUACAUUGAAAAUAUGGGACACAAGUGCUGAUUUGUCUCAACCAAAAACUAGUGACAACCAGGAAUCAUGGCGACAUCUUUCUACUCUCACGGGAUAUCAUAACCGGACCAUUUUUUCAGCCCAUUGGUCAAGCGAGGAUAUUAUAGCCAGUGGCGCAGGUGAUGAUGCAAUCUGCUUAUUUGCUGAGGACAAGAGUAGUAUGGUUGAGGGACCUUCAUACAGAUUAAUUUUAAAGAAAGAGAAGGCACAUGACAUGGAUAUAAACUGUGUCCGCUGGUGUCCUCAGGACCCGAGGAUGUUGGCAUCAGCAAGUGAUGAUGGCACAGUGAAAUUGUGGGAGCUGAGGGGGAAUGCACUGGAUUGAAUUUUGUUCUGUUUACUGUAUUAUAAUUAUAGUUCUAGGUUUGUGAACGAAAUGAGGCGUCUCCUUUGGGUUUUUGUUUUGCUUAACAAUGCUCUGUAGUUGUUAAUACUUCUAUCAUGAACUUGCGUGGUGAUUGUCUUUUAACAGAUUUUCCAUGCAAAGCUAUGAGCAUCUGUUAUCCAGCCAUAACAUGAAGAAAUUGCUUGUGUAUACAUUAUGGAACAACGCAAGUGUGCUCAUAUCAUUUACAAAUAAGCUAUUGAACAUUUUGUUACUCAA